UUUUUUAACAUUUCUGAUCAAGAUCCGAGUUGGCCUUCUCAUUUUGGCGUAGAUUUUUGGUUAAAGUCUUCCUAUGACAUAUCCUUUCUCAGAUUUCAAGUACUCUGAUGGCCUCACUGUAGUUGGUAUCUCCUUCUGCACAGCUAUUGUUUGUGAGGCUAUCUCAUGGGUUCUUAUCUAUUGGACCAAUUCUUACAAAAAUCUUCGGUCCUCCAUUGACAAGGCCUCCAAGAAACUUGAGACCAUGAAGACAGACAUCAAUAAAAUCAACAUCAAGAAGUCCAAGACCAAAAAGAUUGAUCGUGUUGAGACAAGCCUCAAAGAAUCGAGUCGUGAUCUGUCUCUCUUCAAGUUCAAGUCUGGGGGUGUGGUGGCUUUGGUUCUCUUUGUAGUCUUUGGAUUGCUGAAUUCACUCUUCGAAGGCAAGGUAGUUGCCAAAUUGCCCUUCAAACCUUUUGGGCUUAUUAUGAAGAUGAGCCAUCGAGGGUUGCAGGGUAAUGAUCCCACUGAUUGUUCCAUGGCAUUUCUGUACUUCUUGUGUUCCAUUAGCAUCAGAACAAAUUUGCAGAAGUUCUUGGGUUUUGCACCGCCCAGAGGUGCAAGUGUUGGCCUCUUUCCCAUGCCUGAUCCAAAGACCAGUUGAUUGGGCUUAACAGUAUCUGAACUUGUUGUCUCUG